AUGUCUGAAAGUGAAGGCGAUGAUGGUUCUUUGUAUUCGCGAAAACGAGCGAGGCUCGAUACUUCGCAAUCAAGAACAGAUAGUCCUAGUCUAUUUUCAGAUAUUUCGUCCAUUUCCUUCGACACUUCUGGACUACGAUCGUCUACUUCUACUACCAGCUCGGUCGCCAUCGAGAGAUUACCUCUUCCUGCGAUCAAAAUUAAAAAGAUCGGCAAGGAUGCGACCCGAUUUAAACCGAUUAACAGAGAUAGAAUGUAUUGGAAAGUUGUGAAUAACCCAAAUUCAUUGCAGCCAAUAAUUAAUGAAUGGGUGUAUGAGUAUCAAUUUGAUGGUAAUGCUUUAUUCGCGAUACUGCAAUUCAUAAUCGACAUCAUGGGUUACCAAAGCUUCGAUGUGAAAGAAGCUUUAACCGAUUGGGAAAACCUCCACGAAAUUAACGGUCAGCUCGAAGAAUGGUCGUCUCUUCAACAAAAGGAUUUCCAAUGCGUUUUAAUAAAUAAAACUACGUACUGCAAAUCGGUUUCGAAAACAUAUUUCAACUUCAUUUAUUAUUUGAUGAAAACCUGCAGCAGUUGCAAUAUUGUCUACGAUCAUUAUUUCUUAGAUAGACUACUCAAGAUUUUAAUUGUGAUGUCUAAGUCUAUGGUUCGAGUUGUUCGUCAUACGGCAGUAAUUACAGUGGUAAAAUUAUGCACAGAGCUGAUUUCGAUCAUGCAAGAUAUAGAUAAAGACGAAGAGAAACAGGCGUAUUUACAUACUAAAAUAAACUCGUGUUUAAACGUUUAUUAUAUGAAUUGUGGUUUAUCAGAUGCGAAGAUGAGUUAUAUGCGCACUUCGUGUUUGAACGAGUGCAAUAAAUGGAUACAUUUAGCUCCAAAUCUUAUGGCUAAUAAGAAAUCGUUGACGGUCUUGAGGCGAAUGUUGCUUGAUAUUCAACCGGUCAUUAGAAUUGCUGCAUUGACUACAAUCAAAUGUUUAAUGCCGAAUCUACUACGAGAUCAAUUUGAAGAGCAAGAACUGAUACUUUCGCGUUUAAUGAAGGAAGUAGAAAAUCGUUUGGUGGAUGUGAAUCAAGUCGUUGUUGAACAAGCUAUAUUAGUUAUCUACGAGCACACUAAGGAAUUAUGCGUGGAGCAUAGUUCGGACAUUCGCAACUACAUAUUUAAAUGCAUUUAUGUGGAGAACCGAAAUAUUGCGAGAGCCGCUGGUAAUUACUUGUAUUAUUUGCUUUCCGAAGCUCUACCAGAAGAGUUCCUGAAGAAAAUUGUGUUAUUCGAUUCCGCUAGGGAUAAAAGCACUGCUUUGUUUGUCGAUGCGCUGAUCGAUACAGCUCGUGAGUUUCAAGAUUUCGAUUUCAUCCUCGAGUAUUUAUACGACAACAACGGUGAAUUUUCUCAAUAUGAAGAGAACAAGCUGAUCAAGAUGUUCUAUUAUGCAGCUAAAUAUAUGCUGACUGGGGAAUUCAGUGGCAUUCCGAACAACCGUAAAACGGAAGCAGCGAAAUUUGCUGCAAACUACCAACAAUUUAUUGAACAUUUCCAGCCCAAAAUUAACUCCUUUAUAGAUAAAUAUAAAUCUAGCAACGAAGGCCUGAAGUUUCUCCUGCAGACUAUUUUACUCAUCGACUUUUGCAGGACGGAAUUUAGCCGUGGCGUAAGUCACAUAUAA